GUAAUAUUAUUUAUGUGUACACUUCCUUUAACAACCUGUAAUUGUAGCUUGUUGUAGCUUCAACCGAAAAUGCAAAUGUGAGACUGUGUGGGCAAAGCGAUGUUUCGUUAUUUCAACGAGGGAGGAUGAGGGACAGCUCAUACUCACGCUCAACCACACGUCGGUUUUAUGUUUAACAUGUCGUUACCGGCACCGACAGGAUGAUUAAGUAUCGCACGCCGAGUCAACGUAACUGUUAGCUGUUUAUGUUCAAAACUCACCGGCUGCCUUCACGGCGGUUACAACCAGUGCGUGAAAUUAACGUUAACUCAACCGCCUCCCUCCUUGCUCAACGGAUUUUUUUUUACAACGGCUGUUUUUUGGCUGUUUUUUUACCCACAGUCAUGUGAUUGUAACGUAAAACCCCUAACCGGAAAACACCGACGGACGACCCCUCUCCGCCGCCAACGAAUGCUGCGUUUUUCAAGGAACAGUACAAGCUGCUGCGAGCCCAGAGAGGACAGGACGGACGAGUCUCCGGUAACAAACAAACAAACGGCGACACGGCAAACUCCGCGGAUUUAAACGGAGCGCAGGUUGAAGAAUGGAGUUGGCCAACCAUGGUCUUAUCCUGCUGCAGCAGCUUAACGCUCAGAGGGAGUUUGGCUUCCUGUGCGACUGCACUGUGGCUAUCGGAGAUGUCUUCUUCAAAGCCCACAAGGCCGUCCUCGCUGCCUUCUCCAACUACUUCAGAAUGCUCUUCAUUCACCAGGACAGUGACUGUGUGCGUCUGAAGGCUGCUGACAUACAGCCAGAUAUCUUCAGCUACCUCCUCAACCUGAUGUACACAGGCAAGCUCGCACCCCAGUUGAUAGACCCUGCACGGCUGGAGCAGGGGGUCAGAUUCCUGCAUGCCUAUCCCCUCUUGCAGGAGGCCAGUCAGUCAGUGUAUUCACACCCUGAGCAGAGCAUCAACCUCUCCACCUCCCUCUAUGGCAUCCAGAUAUCAGACCAACAGGUGGCGAUGUCAGCUAGGUUGGCUUCUCGACGGCAGCUCUCCUCACCCUUCGACAUGGAGCAGCUCAGCUCAGAAGGAAAGUGUCCGUCCACACCAGCUGUGACAGCUGCGUUCGCAAAUUCCUUACCAUUCAAUUUGGCUUCCUCACCCCAAGACAUGGAGGCCUCAACCAGCGGCACAAAGCCCACAGUUGAGGAAGGGGGAACAGACUUGCUAACUGCAGAUGGUGCUGCAGUAAGUGCCAUCCUCCAUGUGAAGCCCAGCAUCAUGAAGAGAAGUUCCUCCUUUAGGAAGCAUUACUCCUGUCACCUUUGCAGGAGUCGAUUCACCCAGAGAAGCCUCCUGAGAGAGCACCUCCUGCAGCACACCCAGACUCUGCAGCAGACCCAGUCAGAGACCAGCAAUGCACUCUCACCUGUACUGACUGGAGAACACAGCACGCUAGAGAUGGACGGUGUCCUUAAGGGAAACAAGGUCGGCGUAAAUGCCUCAGGUGCCACUACAGCAGUCGAGGUAAUCAGUGAUAAUGAGCAAACGCCCAUUUCAGGUACCAACUCGGACUCUCCCCGAGCAGAGGUGUCCACGUCCAGUUGGGGUUUUGGGGGAAUAAAUUCUCAGGCAGACACACCGCCUCCGUCAGACAUUGCGGAUAUCGACAACCUGGAGAGUGCUGACUUGGACCGUGAAGUGAAGCGGCGGAAGUACGAGUGCUCCACCUGCGGGCGCAAGUUCAUUCAGAAGAGCCACUGGCGUGAACACAUGUACAUCCACACAGGCAAGCCCUUCAAAUGCAGUGCUUGUGGCAAGAGCUUUUGCCGUGCCAACCAGGCAGCCCGCCACGUGUGCCUGAACCAGGGGGCCGAUGCCUACACCAUGGUGGACCGACAAAGCAUGGAACUUUGCACUGCGGGGGAUGACAGCAGUCAGAUGGAGGCAAUGUUCUUGGGCUCGUCGAAACCUUACAAAUGUAACAUUUGUGCAACAACCUUCUCCAGUCCCAAUGAGGUGAUCAAACACCUCUGUUUCACCCAAGGGGGAUUAGGGGGCAUGCAGGGUAACACGGGGUCAGGCGCACUGCUCCAGCAUGAAGAGUUUUCUAAAGAUGAAGGCUCCGAUUUGUCCAACUCUGGCACCCCACUUGAACCCAUAAAGACUGAAGAGAUCCUUGUAGAGUAGUGCCAAAACUGUGUAUUUGUCUUUUUUUAACACGUUGAUUUUCUAAAUUAUGGUAAAUAGGUGAGAUAAAAGAGUCAGGGUAUGUAUGUUGGAGGUUCUUGA